GAGUGUCCCCUUAAAUUGCAAGUACAAAUUGUAUGACACUCACAUUUGAGUGACAAAUGCAUCUGAGACAAGCUUGAAGAUUUUUAUCCACAAUUCUGAGUAUGGGUGAUGUUCUGGAUUAGGGCAGCACCAUGGAGACACUCGGUAGCAAGAGAGAGAUGGCACUUCCAUCCCGAAGCUCUUCCCAGGCAAUAGGAGCUCUGACCCUGAGCUCUUCCCAGGUAAUAGGAGCUCCGACCGUGAGCUCUUCCCAGGCAAUAGGAGCUCUGACCCUGAGCUCUUCCCAGGCAAUAGGAGCUCAAACAGUGAGCUCUUCCCAGGUAAUAGGAGCUCCGCCCCUGAGGAAUUUCACCAUUCCCAGGAGGAAGAGGGGAGAUGGAAAAGCUCUUUUGGAUGUCUGCCUCAAAGAGAGCAGGGACUAUAGUCUGAUACAGACAACUCUGAAUGAGUCCCGAUUGGACAUGGGCAAAGAGAUAUCCUUCAGCUGGCAGUGGGAUGAUGUCACGCUAAUACACAACGAGGAGCUUCUGCGAGAGUUCUUUGAAAAAAGUGGAAUCUGCUGAGGAGAGGAAGGCUCAUAAUAAUGCCUGGAAUGGAAUCAAUGGAAUGGUAUCAAACAUAUGGUAUCCAGCAACAUCUGACUAUCUAAUAUCCUUUUAUAUUGCUUUGUUAUCAUCCUCUAAAGAGGGUGUUGUUAUCCCCUAUCAAGUAAAGAGGGUGUUGUUAUCCCCUAUCAAGUAGAGGGUGUUGUUAUCCCCUAUCAAGUAAAGAGGGUGUUGUUAUCCCCUAUCAAGUAAAGAGGGUGUUGUUAUCCCCUAUCAAGUAGAGGGUGUUGUUAUCCCCUAUCAGGUAAAGAGGGUGUUGUUAUCCCCUAUCAGGUAAAGAGGGUGUUGUUAUCCCCUAUCAAGUAAAGAGGGUGUUGUUAUCCCCUAUCAAGUAAAGAGGGUGUUGUUAUCCCCUAUCAAGUAGAGGGUGUUGUUAUCCCCUAUCAGGUAAAGAGGGUGUUGUUAUCCCCUAUCAGGUAAAGAGGGUGUUGUUAUCCCCUAUCAGGUAAAGAGGGUGUUGUUAUCCCCUAUCAGGUAAAGAGGGUGUUGUUAUCCCCUAUCAGGUAAAGAGGGUGUUGUUAUCCCCUAUCAGGUAAAGAGGGUGUUGUUAUCCCCUAUCAGGUAAAGAGGGUGUUGUUAUCCCCUAUCAGGUAAAGAGGGUGUUGUUAUCCCCUAUCAGGUAAAGAGGGUGUUGUUAUCCCCUAUCAGGUAAAGAGGGUGUUGUUAUCCCCUAUCAGGUAAAGAGGGUGUUGUUAUCCCCUAUCAGGUAAAGAGGGUGUUGUUAUCCCCUAUCAGGUAAAGAGGGUGUUGUUAUCCCCUAUCAGGUAAAGAGGGUGUUGUUAUCCCCUAUCAGGUAAAGAGGGUGUUGUUAUUCCCUAUCAAGUGUUCUCUUUGAAGUUGAAAUAUGCCUGUGUGUGGAAAUUGCACAUCCAUAAUUUCCUAGUUUUACCAAUUAUCUUUUUAUGCCUACUUUGCGGGAUCUCUAAAUUGCCUAAUGAGGGAAUCACUAAUAUAUGUAGACUUGGUGUUAUGUUUAAUUUCACAACACUGUGUGAUACAUCUAACCCUGUCGACCAGUCAUUUGCUUUCAUGUUCCUAUUAUCUCAGAUCUGAAAUGCGUUUAAAGGAUAGACACGUCAGAGAAAUGGAGGAGAGGUUCUGUUUUUUAGUCACCUCUGACCAAAAAGCUAAGCAAAUGUAUCAACACGGACUGAAGGUUGAGAACACAGAUCAACACUCUCUGGGAAACCCGUCAUAUGGAGUCUAUUUGCACAGGCACGCUGAUGUGGCCUUGAAAAAUAUCAGCGGCAACACCCCUGCUGGAAAAAUCCUCAUCAUUUUCAAGGUUCUCUUUGGCAAGGUGAAAAAAGUACCUCCAUGUUAUGGAAGGAACAGCACACAUGAUCCAACGGUGAAUUACGAUUGUCACGUGUCCAAAGACCCCGCUGUCCCGAGGGACAGCUUGUCUCAGCAAGUUUUGAGCUCGUCAGUGUUCCUGUUUGACUACAACGAAAACCAGGAGCUAAAACAGAGACCAAGGCAAUGUUUGCCAUAUGCUAUGGUUUCAUUGGUUCCUUCUGUAAAUUCUUCUCCGACUAGCACUCUAGUUCCAUCUGUAAAACUGGGGCCAAAAACAAAGGAUUCAGCGGCAUGUUUGGAGACCUGCACCGUGGCUCAAAGAGUGGGUAGAGGUCAGAAUGCGACCGUGACAUUCAAACAUUUUGGGACAACUGAAAGUCCAUUGCCUGGAUACAGAUCUCAGGGAUUUGGAACAAACCCCCCAUUCCAAAGAGGUGAUCAACAGAACUUCCAAAACAUUACAUCAAUCGCAAACCAAUUGUAUCACAACGGAAGUGACCAACCCCCACCGCCUCCACUACACAUUAGUCCCUGCGACCAGCCCCCACCACCUCCACCGCCCUUGGGUCCCUGCGACCAGCCCCCACCGCCCUUUAGUCCCUGCGACCAGUCCCCAGCGCCCAUUAGUCCCUGCGACCAACCUCCAACACCUUUUAGUUCCUGUGUCCAGCCCCCAUCACCCUUUAGUUCCUGUGUCCAGCCCCCAUCACCUUUUAGUUCCUGUGUCCAGCCCCCAUCACCUUUUAGUUCCUGUGUCCAGCCCCCAUCACCUUUUAGUUCCUGUGUCCAGCCCCCAUUACCUUUUAGUUCCUGUGUCCAGCCCCCAUCACCCUUUAGUUCCUGUGUCCAGCCCCCAUCACCCUUUAGUUCCUGUGCCCAACUUCUACCACCUUUUAGUUCCUGUGUCCAACCCACACCGUCUCCAUCACCCUUUAGUCCCUGCGACCAGCCCCCACCACCCUUUAGUUCCUGGGCUCCUCCUUUACCACCACCAUUCACUGGUUCAAUUACCUUCUUGGAAGACAAUGGACUGGUUACUGAUCCUAUACAUUUACAGAUCCCAAGCCAUGCUGGAACAGCUCAAUUUGACCAUAAUAAACCCCACUUAUGUAACCAAGUUCAGUCUUGUCAACAAGUUUCGAACACCCUGUCCACGAACCAGGAUAACUUAUGGCGACAGUCUACAUCUGCAACAGGUGCAUUGGAACCAGUCUCUACUAUAGUUUAUUCUUCACGUGUGAUUAAGGAUCCCAGAUUGUCGGCACGAGACACUAACAACAUGCAGAGAUCGAUUUCAAUGGAGUCAGAGAGCGGUCAACAAACAAGUACCUCUGUCUGCAUAUUGACCGUGAAGCCAGAGCAUAAGAAUCUCCAAAAUGUACCAAAACAGGAGAAAAAUCUCAGGGAAACUGGAAAAAAGAAUGAUCCAAAACCAUGCCAGCCUGAUACACCAAUAGAUUGUUCUACUGCUACUUUGGUGAAUAUUUCAGCUCCAUCCUCUGUGAUACCUACAACUGAGAAUCAGCCAUCAUCUAGAAUGCUUAAAAUGAAGUUCCAGAAGUAUUCUCCAUAUUUUCAUCUGACCAAAGAGGAGAGGAAGGCAAAAAUUGGUUCUCUACAACAUCUGUCAUUUGAUGAGAAAAAUACAUUAUUAGAGAGAACCAAUUUUUAUGCAACCUAUUUUCAGAAGUCCAGGUGUCUACUCAAUCAAAAUGACAAGGUCACUGCAGUCGACCCUGGGCGGCUAUGUAAACCAGGAAGUAUAAAAAGAUGCUUGUCCAGCACAGAAAAGACUCAAAAGACUCAUGAUGACAGUGGUGCAUACUUGCAGCAGCAGGUGAGACAACAUAAUCUGCCCCAGUACACCACAAAUGGUGAUCAGAGUUCAAAACCUAUCCCAGAAAUUUCAGCCCAUAAUCCAUCAAUUGUCUGUGGGGCUGUGGAGGAAAACGUGGCCCUCCAAUUUGAGAGGAACACAGGCAAUAUGGAACCAGAGGACAUGAACCUUUGCAGCCCAGAAUCCACUACUACAUGUCUCACAGAAACGGAAGAGGAUGUGCACAAAGUUACUGUGGAACCACAAGAUGAAAUGGCAAUGAAAAAUGACUCACCGAUUCCAUUCCUUCCCCAGACUGUCAACCAAACUGCAACCUCUGAAAGCCGGCAGGAAACAGAGGUGAGGUCCAAUCUUAACUCAGCAACAGAGGAAAAACCUCAGGAUGCUCUAAAUGAAAACUCUAAUGCAAGCAAGCAGAACACAGAGGCAAGCUCCAAACCAAAUUCCAUAAGAUAUGAAAAAAAUCUAAACAUUGUACCUGAAAUCGCUGAGGGAAACAGACAGAGCAGAGAACUGAAGUGUGAACCAAUCUUAGCAGAGAAAAACAAAACAAAUGCUGUAAGUUCAGUGGAUGACACAAUGGUGAACGAAAAUCCCUCAGAAACAAGGUGUCCAGUCAUUUAUGAGAGCCAUACUGAUAUCAUGGAUGCUUGUGAAGAGGUUUGUGGUACGGGAACAUCAGAGGAAGUUAUGAGUGUCACGGUCUUCUGUCCUGGAGUCAUGUCAAGGCAAAAUCAUGAAAGGCUUUUGCAGAAAGACAGAGAAUGUUAUGGAAUUGGCCAACAUCAACAAAAUGAAUCCAAUACAUUUUCUACCUGUGGUGACUUAGCUGAUAAUACUGAAGAAUGUCAGGCUGAUGAUUCAAAAGCUAAAGAUACAGUCUACAGUUUCCUGUAUAACAGGCUGCAACUCAGUGAGCUCUUUCUUUCACCUAAUCAGCAUGGAUCAUGCUCAAUUUCUGGUAAACAUUACCUUAAACCAAAAUGCAAAGACAGUCCUAUGGACACCAAUAAAUCACUCCUUCCGUCCUGCAACCCAAACCAAGUAGACAUCGGAGAGGGAUUUAACCUUCGCAUCACAAUAAAUGCUGAUAGAGAAUUGUCCGCUGUCACGGAAUCACCCUCUCUGUCCAAGAGAUUUUCAGUGUCAGAAUGUCCUCAAGGAACUCAAGCCUCAACAACUGUACAGGAAAAUGAAAAGUUUAGCAACAACAGCAUGAUCAGUGAAAACACACCCAUUGACGGUGUUCUGAAAACAUCCACCUACUACACCACCUUCAACAGAGCACAUGCCCGCAAUGCCAAAUUAAUCAAAAUGAUGGCAGAGAAAUACAAAGGGAAGGAAAAUGCUUCAGUGAGGAUAAUGAGAAAUCAUCAACAUUCAAGAGUGAAAAAGAAAUUGAUCGUUGAAAAAUCCACCACUGACAUUCCAUACUCAGAAAUAUCAAGAUCAUCCCAUAAAGCCAUUACAGGCCAUAUGCAGAUGCCAUUUAUGCAGAGGGAAAAAGACUGUUUGAAUGUUUCCCACAAAAACUUGAAACGCAAAACCUUUUUCCCCAAUAAGGUCACAAGAAAUGCCAGAGAGAACAAACACAAAUCAUGUUUUACAUUUAAAUCAAAGGUUGCAGCUCACAAAAUGUCUGUGUCAGAUGACUUAAAGACCUCAACGCGAGUUCCCAUAACAUCAAAAAAAAGCACUAUCCUGAAGACGAUAAUAGAUUUUAGGAGAAAAAAACGUUGGGGGACAUUCAAUCACAACAGAAUGUACAGUCAAAGGAAUGUGUGGAAUGCUCCUGCAAAGUAUAUUACUUCCAGCCCAACGUCAGAUGAUAAUAAACAUCUGAGAGGUAAUCGUUUCGAGAAGAAACAUCUGAAGACACCAACGAGAGGGUUAGAAACAAAUAUGUCUAUGAGAGAUGGAAAUGAAAAGAUCAACGAGGAAAAGCAGAUAGCUGAUGCUGUUGACACAACCUUAACUUCGUCGACCAUAGAUAUAGUCAAUGAAGAGGCUGCAAAAUCUAAUUAUGGGAGCACUGCGAGCAACUUUGUGGAAGACAUUCAACACAUUGAGGAAGCAAAGGAUCUAUCUAAAAGCAGAACUAGCAAUGACGGCAAGCCACAUGACACAGAAACAUCUCAGGAAACCCAGAGCAAUUGCACUUCCCUUCAGAACAAAUUACCUCCACCGAAAUGCACCAAUAUCGUGGCUAUAAGUCAAGACAAUGAGGGAAUGACUGAGUUCAAAAAACAUGAGGUGGAUCUGCUGAAAGAAAAGGCAUUACAAGCUCAUACACACUCUAUAAAAGAGGUGGAAGAGGCCAACAGUGAUAUGGCGCCUGCUAAAGAGAUCAUUUCAGCUUCUGAGAACAUGGAGUUUCCCUUAGAUGCUGCCAUCAAGAUUCUUUGUGGCAGUGAGUUAAUUUCAAACACACCCAAACCACAGGAAGAGAUAGCUCGGGUGUUGCAGCACAAGUAUGGUCAAAUGGAGACAGAGAAAGCAGACACAUCAGAUAGAACCCAUUACUGCAACCCACUGGAACAAGAAGACACACCCUCCAAGGAAGUGAAACUCAUCAAUAGAUUAAGAGAUUACUUGACAAAUUUUGAGUACAUAGUUAGGAAACCCGAGCCAAAAACAUCAGAUACACUCUGUGAAACUGAGACAAAUUUGCCACAGAUUUGUGAAACUAUCCAGAAUAAUGUCAAUGACCAUAAGGAGAAACCAGUUCAUCUGGUUGUCCUUGACAGGGUGGAGUUGCGCAAUCUGAGACCUAAUGCAAUUCCUUUCCCAAUAAAGAUAUGCACUCCGAAUAUCAACACAAACAAUGACCUGAUUCAUAGUAAAGAACAGGAACACAAGGAGAAAACAAGAGGGAAUAAAACGAAUUAUUACAGAAUUCCUUGCAUUAGCCCUGAUAGUACUUCCAUGUUGGAAGUCCCUGAAAAGUCCACUCAAACUCCUAUGGACAAGAAAACAACUGAAGCAGAAAUCUCCACAAGUGUGCCUGACAUUAACCAUGGGAUUACAAUUGCAGAAAAUGAUGCCUCAAGAGAACAGCAAAGACAGCCAAAUUACACUAUUGAUGCAAACAACAUGAUCAUGCUCAAAGCACUAGCAGAAAUAGAACCAGAGAAUUCCGAAUUUUGUAAAACAAAAGAAAACACCAACCAGAAGCCAACAAGCCACAUUGUAAGGGUGAACACUAAGACUUUUCAUAGAAACUUCAGUGUGGCUGAUAUCUCAAAUGCACUAAAGCAUGGAGACAAAGUAACUUCCUUGGCCGAACUUUGCCCGUUGCGAACUGAAUGCAAAGUCAUGAUGCAGUACUUCAUCUUAAACUUUGAGGAAAAACAGAAUGUUGAGGUCAAUAGUACUAUCGUCUCAAGAGAUCAGAUUUUAGAGCGAUAUCUGGACCGUCCUCCUGUACCAAUGGAACUGAAGUACGAAGCGUUGAAUUCUUUCCUGGAACUGCAGAUAAUGAUGGAGGCCUGGCAAUUUGUAGAUAACAAGAUGCGAUUUUUGAGUGGACAAUCUACAUUUAGGAGUCUGCUGUGGUACGAUCCCACUCUGUAUGGGGAACUCUUUAAAGGGAAGGUGGGAUUACAGCAGCAGUCCUCUUUAUAUUCAUCUUUCCAACAAAGCCUCAUCAACGAAGGACCAAUUGCAUUGCAGAGGUACCAUUUAGCUGUCUCUACAUUGAAUGAACAGUUGAAAAGGGCCCCAGAAAUGUCUUAUUACAUGUAUCUCAAAAGCAAAAGAGAGAGGCUGGAGAUUGAGGCUGCAUUACGAAAUCCCUCAGACAUAGAGAGUUUCUUCCUCUCUGUACCACUGUCUUGCAUGGUCAAUUUUGGCGACAGUGUGGAAAGUUUACAGGGGGUCCAGAGGCUUGUGACUACUUUCACAGAGACUCCUGCAGACAAAUUAGAAGACGGAUUCGAUGUUGGAAAGGCUGAGCACCUUGCCAUGGUGUUCCGAUUUCUUCAGGAGAAAAUCUACUAUUUGAAAGCUUGCAGCAACACGAUGGUCAGCAAGACGUCUUGGUUUGGCAUGGAACACAUCAUGUAUGACGCUUCAAAGAUGCUGGUGUGGAGGAACACGAAACAGACAGGGUCAGAUGAGCUGCAGGCGAAAUACAAGAAAGCAAAUCCACAAAUUGUCUUUGGGGUGACAGAAUCUGGUGUCUCACUGUUGCAUACAAGCGUGUCAAAGAGGACCCAGCUCAUGGUUAAGACUGGGACCACAGCACAGAGAUUCAGAGGUCGGAGUCGGGGGAGGCCGCCUAUGGAGAACACUCGCUGUGCUGAGAAAAAAUAUCCUCAACAUGGGUCUUUGCCGAUAAUAGACCUCACAAAAUCCCCUAACAGGGAUAACCCAGAUGUAUACCACUGGGCCACACCCCCAAGCAACCCUGCAGGCCAUUUCCAGGCUUGGACACACCAAGAAAGCCUUGUCAAGAGCCAGGUAGUAAACUGGGGUGAAAGGUCACAUGAUACGCAAGCCAUGGAGAGGAAUAUCCCUGCAUCUUCCUUAUCCCGACCUGUGCCAACAUACCCUGAAAUCAGGGCCUGUCUAAGGACUAGUAAAAGUGGGACAGCGCCAAACUCACAGAUCCAGUUACCUGCCUCAAUGGGAGGGGUGGGAAGUAAAUCAGAUGGGAGGCAGCAGUGGGCCGUGAGCUGGGUUCCCCAUAACCCCCAGAACAUCACAGGAAGUGAUCUGAGGCCAAUGCAUCCUCUGUGGAUUGGUGUUGGGGACAAUGGUCAUCCCCCCAUUGGGGAGCCUGUCCUCUUAGAGCAAACUAAUCCGUCUUCCUGGUCUAGUCUGCCUUCUUCUCCUCCAUCUGUACCAGCAGGAAAUACAGCACAACAAUCUCUGCACUCCCUCCCAGCUCUCGCUACCACAACAAAUAAUUUCCCUCCCAUAUGUGAGCCCCUUCCUAUAAAUUACCCAUUUUUCCUCCUGAAUGGUCAGACCUAUUCCACUGCUAAUCCUGAAUUGUCCACAGCAACUCUUGAUAACAGAGGGAGAUUUCCUCGCUAUGUAGAGUAGUGCUGCUUCUUUCUCAACUUUUAUGGAACAGGUUAAUAAAGCAAAUAAGGACCUUUUGAAUAUAAGGAAGUGCUGGUGUUUACGUGUUUUAAAUACUGAACUGGAUCAGGAAACAAAUAUCAGUCAAAAAAGAAGGAACUCAAAGGGGAGUUGGAAACAAAAGGAUUUUAGUUAAUUUAUUUCAUGUUGAAUUCACUAUUUUAAGUUAAUUUAAUUAGUUUCAUGUUUGUUGUACUUUUUUGUUGUUGUUGUAACUAUUUUUUUUGUAUAUAAUCUCAAACACGUUGUCAAUUGCUGAUAAGCAAUAUCUGAUUGAAAGUGUCCUAUUUUCUGACCAAAAUGAAUUGUAUAAAGUGUUGCUAACUUAUUCCUCAAAGUGGAUUAUAUUGCUAUUUUGUAGUAUCGAAUUGUAAAUAAUAUUAUUUAAGUGUUUGGUUGAAUUUUAAAGACCGCUUUUGGUUAUUAUCUUGUUUGCUUUACUCAGGAUUUUUGUGCUUGUCAUGUUUUGGCUACUGCUUGAGGCUUUGUUUUGUAAUUAAGUGUAGCAUUGGCAAACUUAACCCUUAAUAACUAUUUCCCCAGCAGAUUUUUUUUGUGUGGGUUUACUGACAAAUAAAAUAUAUUUGUACAAAUCCA